GAGGGAAAGGAUUUGCCAAAGAAGAGAAGCGCGUUAGGGAUCAUGCGAUUGGCGAGAUGUGCGGGCUGGGAUUUCCUACUUGAACCCACCCUUGAGCUUGGGUUUUCUCUAGCGAUGGCCCCCCGUCGAUUCCUGUUCUGCCUCCCCCUCCAACACGGCGUCACGCUGCUCUCCGCGCUGCUUAUGCUGCUGUCCGGCGCGGGCACAGUGGGCAGCUGGGUCGAGGUCGGCUGGCUCCGGGCGCACCCGCUCCCCGGGCGGCCCCGCAUCGCGCUCUUCUUCCAGGCCGCGACGUUCACCGUCGUCUUCCUGCUCUCCGUCCCCGGUCUGAUCGCCGGGGCCACCCGCCGCCGGUCGCUCGCCGGGCUCCACUCCCGGCUGCUCUUCCUCGCGCUGCCCCUGCCCUUACUCGCCCUCGCCGGGACGCUCCUCAGCACGCUCCGGCCCGGGGCCGGCUACCCCGCAAUCUACACGUGUCUGGGGCAGACAAACAGUCGACUCAUCGGGCAGUUCUGCACCGCCCACACCCGUGGCUACGGCCUCCACGGCGUACUGGCGAUACUACCCGUGGCGCUGCUGGCCGCGGUGGUGCUGUUACAGGCUUAUGCGUGGGUCACGGCGGGGAGCUAUGCCGCGGAGCUCGAUGUGGAGGAUUUGCUGGUGCGGUUCAGCAGCUAUGGCUAUGACGUCGACAAGGAGAAGGACUCGGACCGUGACGCCGAGGCACAGCUCCCACAGCUCACCCGGACAUAA